AUGCCAAAUUUUACAGAUGUAACAGAAUUUUUUCUGGUGGGACUGACCAGACAUCAGGAACUUCGGGUUCUCUUUUUUGUGGUGUUCCUGAUAGUUUACAUGGUCACUCUGCUGGGAAACAUCAGCAUGAUCAUUCUGAUCAGUAUCAGCCCCCAGCUUCAGAGUCCUAUGUACUUUUUUCUCAGUCAUUUGUCCUUUGUGGAUGUGUGGUUCUCCUCCAAUGUUACCCCUAAAAUGCUGGAAAAUUUGCUAUCUGAGAUAAAAACCAUUUCCUAUGUGGCGUGCAUGAUACAGUGCUACUUUUUCAUUGCCCUGGUCCAUGUGGAAGUCUACAUCUUGGCUGUGAUGGCCUUUGAUCGCUACAUGGCCAUCUGCAACCCUUUGCUCUAUGGAAGUAAGAUGUCCAGGAGUGUUUGUGUCAGGCUCAUCUCCGUGCCUUAUGUCUAUGGGUUCUCUGUGAGUCUGAUGUGCACGUUAUGGACAUAUGGCUUAUAUUUCUGUGGAAACUUGGAAAUCAACCACUUCUAUUGUGCAGAUCCUCCUCUCAUCAAGAUUGCCUGUGGAGGAGUGCACAUGAAAGAAUACACAAUGAUUAUUAUUGCUGGGAUUAACUUCACAUAUUCCCUAUCUGUGGUCCUCAUCUCCUACACCCUCAUCAUAGUGGCUGUGUUGCGAAUGCACUCUGCUGAUGGCAGGAGGAAAGCCUUCUCUACCUGUGGGUCCCACCUGACAGCUGUUUCUAUGUUUUAUGGGACACUCAUCUUCAUGUAUCUUAGGAGGCCCACUGAGGAUUCUGUGGAGCAGGGGAAGAUGGUCACUGUGUUUUACACCACUGUUAUCCCCAUGUUGAAUCCCAUGAUUUACAGUCUCAGGAACAAGGAUGUUAAGGAGGCAGUCAAUAAAGCAAUAGCCAAGGCAAACUUAAAGCACUGA